GAAGGCAAAAUAUGAAAAUAGCAACAAAAUUCUCUUCUAACAGUGUUUUAAAGUUUCGCGGCUUCGGCUGUACCCCCAAUUUCUUCUUCUUCUUCCUUUUCUUACUUGCAGUGCUGCUGCUCAAUUGCUCUCUCACUCCAUCUCUCAGAAUUUAGACGCGCUCCAAUUGGUCUGCAAACUCUCCUCCAGAGGUAACUAAGGAGUUAGCCAUGCCCCCAACAAGAAAAUCAAAGAGUGUGCGCAAGCGGUUUUCUUAUGAUAAUGAGGCUUCUUCUAAGCAUGGAGAGCAUGCUAACACAAGUGGGCAGAAAAAGAGAAAGUUGUCGGACAUGUUAGGGCCUCAAUGGAGCAAGGAAGAGCUAAAACAUUUUUAUGAAGCAUAUCGUAAAUAUGGAAAAGAUUGGAAGAAGGUGGCUGCUGUAGUACGCCACCGAUCUGUAGAAAUGGUAGAGGCCCUUUACACAAUGAAUAAGGCCUAUUUAUCUCUUCCUGAAGGUGUUGCUUCUGUUAUUGGUCUGACAGCAAUGAUGACUGACCACUACUCUCUACUGGGAGGAAGUGACAGUGAACAAGAAAGCAUUGAGGGUGUAGGAACUCCUUGGAAACCUCAAAAGCAUGAAAGGGUAAAAUUUCAGACUGAGGUCUCAAAAAGAUUUGGACAUAUUCCAGAUUCUUCACAAUCCCCUCCAAUGGCAUCAAGUAACGACUGCUUGUCACUGUUGAACAAUAGGCGCUCAGGAAUUAGGCCUCAUGCUGUUAAAAAAAGGACUCCUCGAGUCCCCGUUGCAUAUUCUAGUGAUAAAGAUAACAGUAGAAAUUAUGUUUCACCAGCCAGGCAAGGUUUAAAACCAAGUGUAGACGCCAAAAAUGAUGAUGUUGCUAAUGAGAUAGCAUUGGCAUUGACUGAGGCCUCACAUAGAGGUGAUUCUCCAUUGGUUUCUUGGAAAUCUAAGAGAAAAGCCAAAGGUACACCACCAACUGUUAGGAAUGGUGAAAUGAUGGGUGCAGAAUCGGAAAUGACUACAACCAGGCUCCGUGCUGGUGAAAUGGAUGAGGGUGGACAUGAAUUGAGCUUAGGAAGCACAGAAGCUGACAAUGAAGACUUUGACAGAAGUAAAAAGUAUGCAGUGGGUACAGAAGGUACUGAUACUCUGGACUUCCAACGGAGGGGGAAGAGAUACUCUGUAAAGAAGCAAAAGGUUGAAAAUAAAAGCAAUCAUUUUGAAGACAUUAAAGAAGCCGGUAGCGGAACAGAGGAAGGACAGAUGCGAGGUACUAUCAAGGGAAAACUUGAAACUAAAGUUGCGAAAAGUGCAAGAUCCUUUUACAAGGAACAAAGAAACAAAAGUAAAAAAGCUCUGAUUGCAGAAGAUGAAAACACUCCCUUUGAUGCACUACAAACUCUGGCAGAUCUAUCCUUGAUGAUGCCCGAAACUGCUGAUACAGAGUCUUCUGCACAUGUCAGGGAAGAGGAUAGUUAUGUUGCUAACAAGUCUAAAACAAAAGGGAUUCACUCAAUUCCUGGGGUUGAACACAGUGCUUUGAAAACAUCUAAACCGGGCAAACUGAAAGAGGGAGGUCACCAGUCUAACACCGGACUGCAAAAAAGAAAGCAAUUGUUGCCAUUUAAAGUAUACAAUGACACAAUUCAAACAGACUGUCGUUGGAGUGACAAUCAAAAGAUUGAGGCUACAGUUGAGGUGAAUAAGUCUAUGAAUAAAGGUAAACGGUCUUCUCAUUAUAUUACACACCCAAAGCAAGGGAAAUCAAUGAAUCCUCUACGGAAUGCAUCUUCUUCUACUGAUCAUGAAAGGGAGGAGAAUAAUUCUGGAUUAUCAGCUUUAGGAGUACCAUCUGCAAACCAGGCCAACUUACCUGCAAGAGAUAGUAUAAAAUUGAAGCUGGACAGGCACAAACCAUCAAUAGAGAAGGAUAGAAAGUCUACUGAGGGUAUUUUAGAUGAACAGCCUGAUAAACUGGUUCCUUCAUUUCGUAACAGCGAAAUAAAUAUUAAGGAAAAACUUUCUAAUUGCUUGUCUCGAUAUCAAGUGCGAAGAUGGUGUGCUUUUGAAUGGUUUUAUAGUGCAAUUGAUUACCCAUGGUUUGCUAAAAGGGAGUUUGUGGAGUACUUGAAUCAUGUUGGAUUAGGUCACGUUCCAAGAUUAACUCGUGUUGAAUGGGGUGUAAUACGGAGUUCCCUUGGCAGACCGAGGAGAUUUUCUGAGCAGUUUCUGAAGGAAGAAAAGGAGAAGCUUAAUCAGUACCGAGAAUCUGUUAGAACACAUUAUGCCGAACUUAAUGCUGGAACAAGGGAAGGGCUUCCAACUGACUUAGCUCGGCCUUUAUCAGUAGGACAGCAUGUCAUUGCUUUUCAUCCCAGGACUAGAGAGAUUCUCAACGGAAUUGUACUAACCGUCGACCAUAGUAGAUGUCGUGUUCAGUUUGAUCAGCCUGAACUAGGGGUUGAACAUAUUAUGGAUAUUGAUUGCAUGCCUUUAAAUCCAGUGGAGAAUUUACCUGCUUCUUUCACAAAGCACAAUGUCAAUGUCAAUGUCAACAAAUAUAUUGAGAACCUAAAGGAGCUCAAGGGUAAUGAACGCCUUAAAGAAGGAAAGACUGAAGGGUAUAAGGUUGCCUCUAGUGGCCAUGUGGAGAGCACUGUUCCCUGUUAUAUGCAGCCAUCGCCUCAUCAGAUCAACAAAUCAUCAAAGCAGACAGAGGGGAAAUCAUCGAAUUUUGUACAAGCUAAGGGUGGGCCCCAUGAAACUGCUGCUGCACAAGUAGCAAAUUCUCAGCUUUCACUUCCUGUGCAGAUCCAAGCAAAAGAGGCUGAUAUACGAGCUAUAUUUGAGUUGACUCGUGCACUUGACAAAAAGGAUGCGGUGGUAUCUGAGUUGAGGCACAUGAAUGAUGAGGUGUUGGAAAACCAAAGAGAUGGAGACAACUUUAUCAGGGAUUCUGAGCCUUUUAAAAAGGAAUAUGCUGCGGUGCUCUUACAGUUGAGUCAAGUCAAUGAUCAGGUUUCUUCUGCUCUUUUUUGCUUAAGACAACGCAACACAUAUAGAGGGAGUCCUGCAGUUAGCUUGGUGAAGCCCAUGGCAAAUUUAAGCGACCCUGGUGGCCAUGCAAGCCCUUCUGGGUAUUCUUGUCAUGCCCAAGAAUCGGCAGGUCAUGUGUUUGAUAUUGUUGAAAGUUCAAGAGCAAAAGCCCGCAAAAUGGUUGAUGCAGCUAUGCAGGCAAUUUCAUCAUUGAGGAAGGAAGAUAACCUUGAUAGGAUGGAGGAGAUUAUAGACUUUGUUAGUAAUCGGCUCUCUGAUGACGCUGGCAUGCUGGGACCUUCUACUACCCCUGCAGAUCCAGUUCGGGUUUCUGAGGAUCAGCCAACUGCCUGUACAUCAAAACCAAUGGAAACGAGUUGUUCAGCUGAUCCCAAGUCAAAUAGCGUAUCGAAGCGAAAUGAAGAAAAAGCCCUUACAGACCUUAUUAUAAAUUGUGUUGCAGCGUUUUUGAUGAUUCAGACAUGUACAGCGCGACAGUUUCCACCGUCUGAAGUCGCCCAGGUAUUAGACGAAGCCGUGACUAGUUUGCAGCCACUUUGUCCGCAGAACCUUUCGGUUUACGGAGAAAUACAGAAGUGCAUGGGCAUUAUUAGGAACCAGAUACUGGCGUUGGUGCCUACAUAGUUCCCCUUCACACCCUAAACGUACGUGCUCUGCAUAUUUUGUGGAUCUUUUUUGGCCCUUCUAUAUAUCCCCCUCUCAACCAUCGCCAGAAUCAAUGUGCGUAGUGGUGUAUCUUGGAGCAUUUUUGUAUGUAUAUAAUGAUAUAAAUGUUGAACAAAAUCUCUGCAUUUUAUUUAGCUUUUGGCAUUGUAAAACGAAAGGCAAAGUUAACUAAAUCAUAGGGUAUUUCCUUUCCGCUG